UUUUUUUGUAAAUUAAUAAAUGAUCAACAAAACAAAAAUAUCCAAAAUCAGAGAGUCACUGUAAAAACGAAAGCUUCAGAAUUUGUUUGAGAGAAAAAGUUUUGAUUUUUUUGAUUUUUUUUUUUUUAAACUAGGGAUUCCCGAAGGUUUUAUAUUGUCAAACCAACCAAAAUGGGUAGUUCAACGACGGUGGCGUGCGAUUUUUGCGGCGAGAGGACGGCGGUUCUGUUUUGCAGAGCCGAUUCGGCGAAGCUGUGUUUGCCUUGUGAUCAGCACGUGCACUCCGCUAACCUCUUGUCCAAAAAGCACGUGCGUUCUCAGAUCUGUGAUAACUGCAGCAAAGAGCCGGUGUCCGUACGGUGUUUCACCGAUAACCUCGUUUUGUGUCAGGAGUGUGACUGGGAUGUUCACGGGAGCUGCUCCUCCGCCUCGGCUCACGAACGCUCCGCCGUCGAGGGGUUUUCUGGUUGUCCUUCCGUUUCGGAGCUCGCUGCUGUUUGGGGGAUUGAUUUAGAAGGGAAGAAGAAAGAUGAAGAUGGAGAAGAAGAAGAAGAACGAUUGACUGAUAAUUUUGGGAUGGCUUUGGAUUCGUGGGUUUCUGGAUCUAACAACAUUGUUCAAGAUCUGAUCGUUCCCUACGAUAUGUCUAUGAAAAAGCAAAGCUUUAGCUUUGGGAGGUCUAAGCAAGUUGUGUACAGACAGCUUGAGGAGUUGCUCAAGAGAGGUUUCGUUAGCGGUGAAGGUGAAGGAGACGAAGACGGAGAUGGAGACGGAGACGGCGGAGGAGAGAUUAUGGUUAGGGAGGGAAUCAAUGGCGGAGGAAACAUUACUCAGCUGUCUCCAACGACGUCGUUUACUUCUUUGCUUCUCUCAGCAGAGUACCAAAGUUCUUGUGGUAAUGCUGCUACGCAAUUGUAUGCUGCUAAUCAUACCACUGGCCACAACAACACUCAGAUAUGGGAUUUUAACUUGGGCAAGUCCAGGAACCAUGUGGAACUUAGUCAGUUCGAACCAAAGGACUCUACUUUCACUUUCAAUAACGUCACUCAUAUCAAAAACGAUCCCCAUCCCACCAAUCUCAAAGCUUUUAGAGAUAGUUACCAGCAGGAUGAAUCCAUCCGCAAAAAUACCAUCAAGGGACAGGAAACAUCAAAGAGCAACAAUAUUCCCGCUGCCAUUCACUCACAUAAAAGUUCUAACGACUCCAGUGACUUACAUUUCACGGAACAUGUUGUUAAAUCUAGUACUAAUACCACCAGAUUGGUGGUGGCAACAAAUGCUGAUCUAGAGCGUAUGGCACAGAACAGAGAUAAUGCUAUGCAGCGGUACAAAGAAAAAAAGAAAACGCGGAGAUACGAUAAGACCAUAAGAUAUGAAACAAGGAAGGCAAGAGCUGAGACCAGGUUGCGUGUUAGGGGAAGAUUUGUGAAAGCUACAGAUCCUUAAGUGUGUGGGUCUCCUCGGUAGGUUUUUACAUGUGAGACCAUGAGUUAAGAACUUUUUUUUUUUUUUUGUCUACUUUCACCUACCCUUGUAAAUAUGCAAAUGAUCCAUCUCGAGCUGUAUACUCGAGCUGUAUAAUAUAGCCAGCUUCUGUUAAGCUUCUAGAAGCGAUGUUGUUUCUUAACUUUUAGUAUCAUUGAAAGUGUUUUAUUAACC